AUAGCUGUGUACAGAUGUGGAACUAUUAGGGUAAAAAGAACUCAGUAAUGAUUGAGGACAGGGUUUGGGAGGUUGUCAAGAUACAAAAAAUAACUAAAAUCUGAUUUGCCAUAGGAGCACCUCUUUCAAUUGACCUGAGAGGGUUUCUACAUCAGAGCUCGGCAGUUUGUGGGUCUUGCAACCCGUCGAGGUCAAAGCGAAUGACUGAAGCAAGGACUGGAUGUGCGACGCUGCAUCUUCAGUUUCAAGUGAAGGCCUGCUACAUUCAUGCCAUCAUCUUCUGGAACAUCGCCAUAAACUCACUUUUUGUUUCGGGCUAGGUCUUAUUUUCAUGGAAGGACGGUAGCAUAGACCACUAUUAAGACGUGAAAAACUUCUAGCUUGGAAAUUCCAUCUACAUUAAGAAAUGGCAAAGAAUAAGAAACAUGAAUUUCUGUUUAACACACAGCUGAUGUGGUUUCAGAUAAGAUUGUUAUAUCGAAUUCUUAUUAAUGUCUUUUUCAGUGUAAACUCUCCCUAUCUCCAUUUUGUGGUUUCUCUAGCAGGAAGAUGCGUCUAUUGAACAUUGUUUUGUUGUUGUUGUUUACACGUCCAAGAAUCUGGAAUAAACUCGGCAUAAUUAAAAUUAUUGUAAUCAUCUCUAACUGUAAGCUAAAAGCUGCCCCACCUACCGCUCUUAUUUUCUCUGGUGAGAAUAUCCACAGAUUCAAUAAAGGAGUGUGAAAACAGAGAAGGCAGCUAUCUAGGCAAAUCUUAGGCAUAAACAUGUUAUCUACCCAAAAGUACUCGAAAACACUAAAAUGUGUCAGAUCACCUGUGUAUAUUCCAGAGUCCACGGAGAUCAGAACAACCGAUAUUUGUGGCACGUGAUACGUCAUCGAGCCCUCGUGAUAUUUAUUUGGUGACCCAGUUCUGACAGAACAGCUUCAGGUAAUUUGCAUACCCCGUAUAGAAGAUGCCAAGUUUCAUCAGAAAUUAAGGGUAGAUUCCAAUGCACUAAUAUUAGUAAAAUUUCUUAUAUUUUACAUUGAUUUGUCAAAAUGUCUAGAGCUGAAUCUGAUAAAGCGAGUGGCACCUGUCUGUAUAAAUGUCAUCUGACGUUUCUGUGCCAUAAAUGUUGAUUCCUCUUAUUUAUAUGCGAUAACGCUUUCUUCUAUAAUAGAUGUCUAUAGAGACUACAUACUAGUUACAUGUAGCCCAUCAGAAAGGUAGUCUGACAUAUUUGUGUCUAAUGUCGGUGUUUCCUUCAGAGUGUCUUCACGUAUCACACGCGUGACUGAACCAAGUGAGCCUGGCGUUCGUCGUACGUCUUCACGUCUUCCGGAACCGAUUAGCUCUGCGUUCAUUUUCUUCACGUAGUACUGAACUCCUAACCCUGACAUUGGUUGUCUUCACUUAGCCUAGUGAUUGUCAUCUUCACGUGUUGCUAACCCAGUCAGCUGCAAAGACAACACAUUGCGAUGACCAAAUGUGGAACAGUAUAGAGCUAGCCUCCCCCUCCCCUAAAAGAGAGCACCGGCCGGUCAUGUGUACAAACAGCUGUCGAUAUAUUUUUUUUCUGUUCACGAGACACUCCUGUAGUAUAGAAAGGCGCCGAACUGUGUCUGAUCGCAGGUGCAGUAGAUGUUUGUCAGGUUGUUCUGCCAGAGGUAGCAGCGAUUAAAUAAACUAUGAAUAAACAAUAUUUUCUCUCAUUAGGUUAAGCAGCACCUGUUGACAACCGUAAAGAAGCCGUCUGGUUGGCUGAAAACGGGGCAUUUCUUACGACUGUUAAUUACCCAUGCUCUUGCCAUUAACUUAACUAGAUAAACUUCGGUACCGGACGGCGAGAAAGUAGUAAAGCGGCGAAAGAGAAAUACUGGAGACAAUUCAAGCUCUAAAGGAAAGGUUACUGACCUCGUAAGCUCCAAAAUUGUAUGAAUCAGGUAAAAAGUCCGCUCAGGGGUUCCUUAUCGUAGUUUAUCAUGACCAUAUGUUGUAGCCUGAUGUCGUCUGGUUGUCCCAUGUGACAGGCUCUCUUCCCCCCGCAUUUGCGCAGAAAGUGUUUUAUCCCUUAACAUAAAAACUCCCGUCUUUUGUCGUUGAUAACAACUUCUGUCACCCGGUGGACACCAUUCUUGUACCCGUCUCUCGCAUGUCUCAGUAAGGAGUGUACUGUCUUGUUUGUUGUCGAGGAACAACAAUAGUUGAAGAAUAAAACGAAGGGAUCGGACUGUCGAUGUUAGUUGGUCGUAAAGAAGUAUAUUUGCAGUUUUCAACAAGCUAAUUGUCAAGAGAAUGAAGCUGUCGGUUCGUGUGCGAGGGGAUUGGUUCGCCGUGCCGUGCAAAGGCAACGAGCGGCUGCAGUGGUUGGGGGAGGAGACCUUGCGCAGGUACUACAAGUCCCGGGGAGGGUCCGGCUGCGCGGAAGAGAAAGUGUACGAGGUUCGUAAAGCCAAGGGUGGCGCCAUUUUGGAUCCUGAUGACCUCAUCAAAGACGUGCUGGACGACGAUGAUUUCGUCACCGUUGUUCUUGACAGUGACAUGUCCAGUCCCCAUCACUGCUCCAGCUGAAAUUGUCUAUGUGGAAGAAAAAAUACCGAGCUCAAGUGUCAAGAAGCCUACAGAGUUUAUUUCCCUGGAUGGUAACAGUCUGUCCACUGAUGACCUUAUGCGUCUUGGCAAGGGAGAAUACCUCAUCAAGCUGACAGUGGAUGCAAUACAAAAGGUGCAAAAGUCACGCGACCUAGUGGACGAUAUUCUGGAUAGCAAUCAAGUUGUCUAUGGUAUCACGACUGGCUUUGGGAAGUUUGCGCAGACGACUAUUUCAAAGGAAAAGCUAGUGGAACUGCAAGAAAACUUGAUUCGCUCCCAUGCUGCAGGCGUCGGGCCCGGCUUGUCCCCAGAAAGAACCCGGAUGUUGCUGGCUCUGCGCAUCAACGUGUUGGCCAAGGGGUAUAGUGGCAUUUCUUUGGAGACACUACAACAAUACAUCGCUGCCUUCAACUCCUCGUGCCUACCCUGGGUACCAGAAAAGGGUACAGUGGGCGCUAGUGGCGACCUGGCUCCUUUGUCUCACCUGGCCCUGGGCAUGAUCGGAGAGGGCAAAAUGUGGAGCCCCAAGAGUGGCUGGGCAGAGGCCAAAUAUGUGCUGGAAUCUCACAAUCUGACUCCAAUCAAGUUGAAGCCAAAAGAGGGCCUUGCUUUGAUAAACGGAACCCAACUGAUUACCUCCCUUGGCGCCGAAGCCGUGGAGCGCUCCGAGGCCAUUGCCCGCCAGGCCGACGUCAUCGCCGCCAUGUCGCUGGAGGUCCUCAAGGGGACGUCACGAGCCUUCGACAGCAAGAUUCAGGCAGUCCGGCCUCACAAGGGACAGAUAAAGGUGGCGCGGCAACUGCGUGCCCUGUUGCACUCGGACACCUUCCCGUCGGAGGUGGCAGAAAGUCACAGAUUUUGCAACCGUGUGCAAGACGCUUACACACUCAGGUGCUGCCCCCAGGUGCAUGGCAUUGUAAAUGACACCAUUGACUUCGUUAAAGGCGUUUUGACAACCGAAAUGAACAGCGCAACAGACAACCCUAUGGUCUUUGCUGAUUCGAGUGAAAUAAUUUCAGGCGGCAACUUCCAUGGGGAGUACCCAGCGAAGGUGCUGGAUUACCUGGCAAUAGCUGUACACGAGCUGUCCAACAUGAGUGAGAGACGACUUGAGCGGCUGAUCAACCCGGCCCUCAGCGAGCUGCCUGCAUUUCUGACACCAGAUGGCGGACUGAACUCUGGGUUCAUGAUAGCUCACUGCACAGCAGCAGCUUUGGUGUCCGAGAACAAGGUGCUCUGCCACCCCGCCUCUGUGGACUCCUUGACGACCAGCGCAGGCACCGAAGAUCACGUGUCUAUGGGCGGAUUUUCAGCCCGGAAGUGCCUACGAGUUGUCGAACAUGUGGAGCAAGUGCUGGCCAUUGAGCUGCUCGCAGCAUGCCAAGCCCUCGAGUUUCUGCGACCCUUGAAGACAACAGCGCCAUUGGAAGAGGUGCACAGACUGGUGCGCACGCUUGUGAAGCCGUGGGCAAAGGAUCGCUUUAUGGCCCCUGACAUUGACGCCAUCACCAAGCUCCUGCAGGAAGAGAAGAUCUGGCAUAAGGUUAAGCCGAUGAUUGACCAUUACCAUUCAGUUCAAAACAUCGAGACACGUGUUUUCUCCCCAACCACGACCCGCAUCAACAGUCCACCACAGAAUGGACCGACCGCCGUCAAGCGUCGCCGUAUGACUCGCACUUCCUCCUUCACCAAGAAGGACUAAGGAGGCAGAACCUUCUGUAUGAUGGACUAAAGGGCGGCAAGGCUGUCAUCACUAUGGUUAAAAAAAAGUCUAUAAGCAGCAACUGAGGGUUGCUGACAGAUCUUUACGAACUUAAAACACACACUAGCACUGGCUGUCAACUGCUGCUGUCACUGCGAUCAGAGGCAGGCAGUAAAUACUCCGGGCUUCGUGUGUUGAGGCAUAGUAAUGGGUUGUGGGUUUGGUUCUGGGUUUUGCACUGCUCGGUUAAUUAUACGCGCAACUGCGAGACCGAGCCAGUGAACUUUGUCCUCGAUGUGUGUGGUCUUAUAAAAGCUCAACACAAAA